AGGAGAGUUCCACAAACGGAGUAAGCAGUAGACACGUAUCAGCUGACAAUAUCAUGAAUUUGUAUUUACAUCAUGUACAUGGUCUGUAGAUCUUCGAUGCAAUAUCUGACUUGAAACCAUUUCAACAACUGACAACACUUAUUUAAAUUACAGGUUUUUUUAGUCCUUUAGUGACAAUACCUGGCCUUCAGGUGUUAACAGGAAGAUGAACUAUGCCAGGUACCUCACUCGUGUCAGCGCGGCUAGACAGCACUCAGCCAUUCGAGUUCUCACUGCCUUUGUGCAGGAGAAUCCAUCCAUCAUCACCAUGGCAGGGGGGAUGCCAAACCCUCAAACAUUCCCCAUACUGGAGGCCACCCUCAAGCUCAGAGAUGGAAAAACUAUUGACAUGGAUGCCAAAGACAUGAAACUUGCAUUGCAGUAUUCAGGGACAAAGGGAUUGCCCCCGCUUCUGAAGACUUUAACUGAGCUACAGUGCAAAGUUCACAACCCUCCAACUUACAAGGCAGAGAAUCACCCAGGUCCAAUGGACAUCAUCGUAACAUCUGGCAGUCAGGACGGAUUAUGUAAGGUUUUUGAGUCUAUGGUCAGUGAGGGGGACAAUAUACUUCUGGAACACCCAGCAUAUUCAGGGACUCUGGCUAUAGUAAAACCUCUCAUGACCAAUGCAAUUCCUGUGGAGUCUGACAUCAAUGGUUUAAAUCCUGCCUCUCUUCGUCAAGCCUUGGCCAAGUGGUCCCCCUCAGAUGCCCGAAGUCCAGGGUCCGACGCCCCACGGUUACUGUACCUGGUCCCUAAUGGGGGAAACCCAACAGGGGUGGGGCUAACUCUAGAGAGAAAGAAGGAAAUUUACAAGAUAGCUCAAGACUAUGAUUUGAUUAUCCUAGAAGACGACCCCUAUUUUUAUUUACAAUUUUCUAAGCCCUAUGUUCCCAGUCUUCUCUCCAUGGACACAGAUGGACGGGUUGUGAGGUUCGACUCUUUCUCCAAGCUUGUCUCAUCAGGAAUGAGGGUGGGGUUUGUGACUGGCCCGCGGCCCCUGUUGGAGAGACUAGAACUACACAUGCAGAGUUCUGUGAUGCAUUGCAGUGGCGUCUCUCAGAUGAUGCUGUAUAAAGUACUAGAGGACUGGGGAAUUGAUGGAUUCUUGAAGCAUGCAGAGAACACUGCUGAACUUUAUAAAACAAAGAGGGAUCAGUGUCUAGCAGCUAUGGAAAAACAUCUCAAAGGACUGGCGGAGUGGACCGUUCCGUCCGGUGGCAUGUUCGUGUGGAUCAAACUCCAUGUGGAGGACUCUCAUACACUGAUCACGGUCAAGGCCAAGGAGAAAGGCAUCCUGUUUGUGCCGGGGAGCGUCUUCAUGCUGGACUCCUCCCAACCCUCCCCCUACAUCAGGGCCUCGUACUCCAACUGUACAGAGGAGCAGAUGAACACAGCUUUUCAACGGCUAGCAGAAAUACUUCGAGAAGCUUAGUUCAGAAUCACUACUUUCCUCAAAGGAAGAAUUUUAAAGAGGUUAUGAUACAUUAAUUAACAAAACAUUUUUUGACAAGGCACAUAAAACAGAGAUUUGCAUUGAUAGAUGCAUUGAUAAUCAAUGUGUUCAGUUUUAUGGAGGGAAUGGGAUAUUUUAUACAAGCUUUACUUCUUGAAUAGUUUGCAAAAUGCAUAUAUACAGUACAUGCAUUUAAAAAAAGGUUUAUGGUGAAAUAUAUUUUAUAAGCAGAUGUACAUUUUAAUGUUUAUAACUUUAUACAAAAGAAUGAUUGAACAUUGUAUACAUAUAAAACAUUCAAUCAAUUGAAUACAAUCAAUUGAUUGUCAUGACUUUUAAAUAUAAAGGUUUUUUUAAUCUAACCUUUUAGAAUAAUUUUAUUGAAGAUGAAUUUCAUGCACAGACCUAGAGAGGGUUAAGGGGGUCCAGACCCCCUCCCCUUGCAAAAUUCAAUUUUCUUGAAUCUACAAUUUGCAAAAUAUGCCUCAGACCCCCCCCCCCCCCUUCCUUACCAGCAAACUCAAACAACCGUCGGACCCCCGUGGAAAAAAUUCUGGAUUCGUGCAUGCUGAAUAUGUUUUAUGUGUAUUUAAAAGUUGAAGUGAAGAAUCAAGGUUUGUUGUAAUACUCAGAAAAUAAAAACUUAACAAUCUAA